UUUAUUUUUAUGUAGAUGGAGCUUCGACGGUCUACGAGGAUUCGGCGUCCACCUGCGUGGCACGCCGACUACGUGAUGGGCUUCCCGGUGCGGAAGUCCAUCAGGCAGCAGAGGGUGGGGGCUGGAGAUGCUCUCCAGCAGACUCAGGAGAUGGCACUGCCUUCUUCCAUGCCUGAGCUUGAUCUUCCUGAGGAGGAGCUUGAACAAACUGAAGAGGUGGCAUCGCCAUCUUGUCAGUCUGUGAUAGUUCACCCUCAGGAGGAUCCUGAGCAGGGUGAGGGGAUUGCAGCGCCAGCUCCCAAGCCUGUGAUUGAUCUUCCAGAGAUGGAGCUUGAACAAACUAAGGGGAUGGCCAUGCCCUCCUCUCAGUUUGUAAUAGCUACCUCUCUGAAUGAUCAUGGUCUUGCAUGGGCCUGGGAGACGGUAUCGCUAUCUCCUCAGGCUGCUGGAGGUCAUCCGUCCUGGCUUCCAUUUCGAUGCUGGCCUCCACUGGAAGUGAUUCCCCAGGAUCAGCCACCACCAGUGGGUAUGUAGGAGAUUGUAGGCAUCAUGGUGUUGGUGAGUGGUGUCUCUUUCUAUUUCUUCCCCUUCUCUCUUUUUUUCCAUGGUGAUGGUUUUUUUUCCACCUUCCUUUUUUUCCAUGGUGACUGGGUUCUUUUCCUCCUUUCUCCAUAACUCAUGAACGCUUUGUCUAAAUAUUUUUUGCACACACCGCUAUUUAGACGAAGUGGGCAUGGGUUUAACAUUUCCUGGUGACUGGGUUCAUUCCCUUUUUUCCAUGGUGACUGGGUUCUUUCCUUUCUUUAUAACUCAUGAACGCUUUGUCUAAAUAUUUUUUGCACACACCGCUAUUUAGACGAAGUGGGCAUGGGUUUAACAUUUCCUGGUGACUGGGUUCAUUCUCCUUUUUCCAUGGUGACUGGGUUCUUUCCUUUCUUUAUAACUCAUGAACGCUUUGUCUAAAUAUUUUUUGCACACACCGCUAUUUAGACGAAGUGGGCAUGGGUUUAACAUUUCCUGGUGACUGGGUUCAUUCCCUUUUUUCCAUGGUGACUGGGUUCUUUCCUUUCUUUAUAACUCAUGAACGCUUUGUCUAAAUAUUUUUUGCACACACCGCUAUUUAGACGAAGUGGGCAUGGGUUUAACAUUUCCUGGUGACUGGGUUCAUUCCCUUUUUCCAUGGUGACUGGGUUCUUUCCUUUCUUUAUAACUCAUGAACGCUUUGUCUAAAUAUUUUUUGCACACACCGCUAUUUAGACGAAGUGGGCAUGGGUUUAACAUUUCCUGGUGACUGGGUUCAUUCUCCUUUUUCCAUGGUGACUGGGUUCUUUCCUUUCUUUAUAACUCAUGAACGCUUUGUCUAAAUAUUUUUUGCACACACCGCUAUUUAGACGAAGUGGGCAUGGGUUUAACAUUUCCUGGUGACUGGGUUCAUUCCCCUUUUUCCAUGGUGACUGGGUUCUUUCUUUUCUUUAUAACUCAUGAACGCUUUGUCUAAAUAUUUUUUGCACACACCGCUAUUUAGACGAAGUGGGCAUGGGUUUAACAUUUCCUGGUGACUGGGUUCAUUCCCCUUUUUCCAUGGUGACUGGGUUCUUUCUUUUCUUUAUAUAACUCAUGAACGCUUUGUCUAAAUAUUUUUUGCA